UAGCUGUUUAGUAUCGAAAAGAUAUGAGAAAGUUUAAGGUUAUCUCAUGAACGGAUUAUAAGUACUGCCUGAAUUUUCCUAUUUUAACAUCGAAAAUGCCGAAUAACAGUAACCAUUCAUUAAACUGCUUAUUGUUUACAAUCGUUUAAAAACACUUUCUUCUUGCUGAAGGCAAUCAUAUUUUUUGAUGUUUCUUGAUUAGAAAACUUUAUAUAAAAAUAUCCAACUGAUUCAGAAACAGAAAGUAAAUAUAAGAUCAUGUCUUCUGUAUUGAAAGAAAAUAAAUUUGAAUGCCGAGUCAGCUCGGUGUUAAAUAAAAACAUUCGGUCCUAUGGAAAGAAUCAUAUGUUCGAUGAUUCCGCUGAGACAUGUUGGAAUUCUGAUGCAGGAACUCCACAAUGGAUUGUUAUUAAUUUUGAAGAAGAAUGUACCGUCUCCAGUUUUGAGAUAGAAUUUCAAGGUGGAUUUGUAGGGAAGGAUUGUCACAUAGAGGCUGGCAACGACGAGAAGAACACGACAAUUGUGGAAGCAUUUAAUCCAGAGGAUCGAAACAACCUACAGAAAUUUAAAUUAAAAGACCAGAUCAAAGCUAAGAGUUUUAAAUUUGUAUUUAAUCAAAGUACUGAUUUCUUUGGCAGGAUUAUUAUAUAUAAUUUAUCACUGUAUUCGUGAUAUUGAAUAUCUAUUUUAAUAUAUUUGUUAUUAUAUACAUUAUAAAAAGUACUCAGACAAACAGCACAAUUCCCAAAAAUAUUGAAGAUUUCAAUACUAAGCACAUUUUAUACCAGUACUUUAUUAAAUAAUGUUCUUGUAUAU